CCUGGGGGGGGGGUGCCGGAGGGAACUGCCCACCCCACCCCUGUUUCCCGUUUCCAGCCCCUGAUAAAAUGCUCCGCUGCCUAGUGAGUCGCUUCAGUUGUCCUGGCAUGGGCGAUAGAUCCCGGAGCGAGCGGCGCUGAGAGAACCCCUGGACUGGACUGGCGCGUUGGCCGAAAAAACUGACAGACAGGAUGAAUUUCUUGUACCUCAUGGGUGUUUUCCUGGCUGUCCUUCCAAGCCUUCAUGGUGGUUCCUCCCUACGCUUCAUUGCAGUUGGAGAUUGGGGUGGACUCCCCAAUGCACCUUUCUACACUGCUCGUGAAGCAGCUGUGGCCAAAGAGAUGGGGCGAACUGUUGCUUCACUGGGAGCUGAUUUCAUCUUAUCUCUUGGAGACAACUUUUAUUACAAUGGGGUGACUGAUAUGUAUGACAAGCGUUUCCAGGAAACUUUUGAAUCCGUUUUCCAAGCACCUUCACUGCGUAAAUUGCCCUGGUAUGUUGUAGCUGGAAACCAUGAUCAUUCUGGGAAUGUCUCCGCCCAGAUUGCCUACAGCAAAAUCUCCAAGCGUUGGCAUUUCCCUAAAUAUUACUACAAGCUGAGGUUCAAGGUGCCUGGCAGCAAUACUACUGUUGCAAUCCUCAUGAUAGACACAGUGACCAUCUGCGGUAAUUCGGAUGACUUCCAAAGCGAGCAACCCUUACGUCCUCAGAAUGUAGGCAUGGCCCGUAGCCAAUUGUCUUGGCUCCGCAAACAAAUGGCCAGUUCCCAGGAUGACUACUUGCUGGUGGCAGGGCACUACCCAGUAUGGUCUGUGGGAAAGCACGGCCCCACUGAAUGCUUGGUCAAGCAGCUUCAGCCACUGCUAUUGAAACACAAGGCCACUGCCUACCUGUGUGGCCAUGAUCACAACCUGCAGUACCUACAGGACAAAGGUGGCAUAGGCCAUGUGCUAAGCGGAGCAGGAAACUUCAUGGAUGACUCCAAGCAACACCUCUACAAAGUCCCAAAUGGUUACCUACGCUUCUUCUAUGGGCAGCCCUCUUCCCAAGGAGGCUUUGCCUACUUUGAGAUCGAUGGCAAAGAAAUGCGAAUCUUCUAUAUUGAGGCCAGGGGCAAGUCUCUUUACAAGACUUCACUACCCAGGCGGAGACUAAUCUAAAAUUCAGACAGCGGUUUUGCUGACUUCUGCAUUAGAUACUGUGACUCAGAGAGAGAGGCACUGGUGGCAUCUCUGGCUCACACAUACCCUCGCUUCUUUCCAUUAAGUUGAGAGCUGGCAAGUAUAAGAAGGGGAAUUAAUGAAAGUUCGUGUUACUUUUUCUCAUAUUUUGAGAGUCACUCCUGUUGGAACCCAGUAACCUUUCUCUAUUCAACAUUCCCAGUGAAUGUAACCUCUGAAGUUCCAUGGGUAGGCUUGGGGCUCCUGCCAUUCCUUGACAACCGUAGAUCAAGAAUUGUCAAUGAUCCAGCUCAUUUACUGUAUGGACAGUGAUUCUGAACAGUAGUACAGUUUAGUUUUUCAGGGUUUUAGGAUAGGCUAAUAAUAGGAGCUGAAGGCUUAGCAAUAUCAGCCAGUGGUAUAACUCCUGUCUAGUUUAACCCCACUCUUAUUCCUGGAUAGUGUCACAGUCCUGCUGUAUGCACACUCUAUUGCUAGAUAACGUAUGGCGGCGGGGGGGGGGUUCCGUUGGCAGUGCUUUUAGCAUCUACUUGUCAUGCAUACAUAAAUAAAGGUGCCAAUUAUUGAGGCAUGGACAACACCGUAAUAAUUUCUCCAAGCUUUCUUCAACACUGUAAAGGAAAAGUGAGGACAGUUCUUUUAUUUGAUUAUGUAGUUUGUCUCAGGAGCAUGGUAAAAGCCUGAGCUUGUCAUGAGCAUACUCUAGAAGCAAUAACUGGACCUAAUGAUGCCACCAACUCUAAAUAAAUUAAUAUGCUGCCAGUUUCAGGUGAAGAUAGUGGGAUUCAACAAGCUGAAGAGUAGGGCAGAAAUUAACUUUUAACACCUGAAGUUUGAAGUGCUGGAGAAGGGAUUAAAUUGGAUUCAAGAAUAACAAAGACUUUAUUAUCAUUCUCCUGCAAUGCCACUUUAGGAUUGUACAUCCAUUUUUUCUGUCAGACCAUUUUAGGUUCACAAUUCAGCACCCUGUAGUAUGAGUUUAAGUAGUGUAGCAAGGAGCUUCCCUCCUCUUUGCAUGCAAGUCCUAUAGAGCAGGAGAUAGUAAUGGCUAAGGAACAACAGUAUACAGGACAUCUCUUGCAUGUGUUAGAUAUUAUACUGUUUAGCCAAAUCAGGGCAUUGGAUUUAAUGGUUCAUUUACCUAUCCAAGGAGUUGAUGCCCCAAUGCUUCAGAUUUAAAGAAUAUUAUGACAUGCCUGCCAAACGGUUAGGAGAUUUUUCUGUAUUCUAAAUCUGACUAAUGAUGAUUUUCCAUUGCAAAUACAGUGAGUGAAUGAACACCAUGCAUGAUAAUGCAUCAUUUCCUUUUCUUGUGUCUUAUCUGUUUUUUGUUUGAUUUGCCAAAAAUUGGGAAAAUUCAGUUUCCUAUGAGAUUUAUAAUUCUUUACCACCAGAAUUCAAUUUUAUUCUCUAUGUAGUGUCCUUAAUUUGCUUUAUAAGAGAAUACAAUCUUCUCAUUUUUUUCUUGCAAAUGAUUGUUCAAUAAAUGUCUUAUGAAUAA